CCCGGCAAGAUGGCCGCCCUGUUGUUUUGAUGAAUAAUCCUCGGCGGGGCCGGGGGCAGAAGCAGAGGGCGGGCGCGUCGACCCUCCGGCGGCCGCGGCCUCCGUGGGCAGCUGGGGCGCGGCGGGCCUUCUUCGGGGCGGCUUCCAUGGUGGCCGCCGGGUCUGGCCUGGCUGGCGGCGGCGGCGGCCCCUCCCCUCGGGGCUAGCGCGGCUGAAGAAGAAGGACCGGAGCGGGAAGACCAACCCGAAGCCGGCGACCCCCCGGACCCAGGCAGACGAACACGCGGGCCACCCCCGGGCCCCGCCGUCUUCGCCUUUUUCAACCCCUGACUAUGCAAUUCUGCUGACCCGACCCGCCCCCCUCGGGGGACCAGCCGACCGGGCGCCUCCUGCUCUCUUCCCUCCCAACCGUCUUCGGGGGGGGGGAAGAAAAAAAGAAGAAAAAAAGGGUCUUUCCUCCCCCCCCCCCUUUUCACCAUUAAGAGGAAAGCGAUGGAGGAGCUGAGCGCCGAUGAGCAUGAACUUGAACUGGAGUCCCCCAGGAAGAGCAGUAGACAGGGUUUGGGUGAGAUUCGCCGGAGGCGCCUUGCUCGACUGGCUGGUGGGCAGACGUCACAGCCUACCACCCCUCUUACCUCUCCACAGAGAGAGAACCCACCAGGACCACCUGGAGCAGUACCAGCCCCGGGCCCUUCCCACAGUCUUGGCCUAAAUGUCCACAACAUGACCCCAGCUACCUCCCCAAUAGGCGCAUCAGGAGUAGCCCAUCGAAGCCAGAGCAGUGAAGGAGUCAGUUCGCUCAGCAGCUCGCCCUCUAACAGCCUUGAAACCCAGUCGCAGUCUCUGUCGCGGUCCCAGAGCAUGGAUAUCGACAGCGUCUCCUGUGAGAAAAGCAUGUCCCAGGUGGAUGUGGAUUCAGGAAUCGAAAAUAUGGAGGUUGACGAAAGUGAUCGCAGAGAAAAAAGGAGCCUCACCGAUAAGGAGUCUUCGUCAGGAGCCGAGGUGUCAGAAGACCAAGCCUUACAGCUGGUCUGUAAGAUCUUUCGAGUUUCUUGGAAGGACCGGGAUAGAGAUGUUAUCUUUCUUACUUCGCUCUCUGCACAGUUCAAGCAGAACUCAAAAGAAGUGUUCUCCGAUUUCAAGGACUUGAUUGGCCAGAUUCUGAUGGAAGUGCUGAUGAUGUCCACGCAGACGAGAGACGAGAACCCUUUUGCCAGUCUGACAGCGACAUCGCAGCCAAUCGCCGCAGCAGCCCGGUCCCCGGACAGGAAUCUGAUGCUGAAUACCAGCUCCAAUCCAGGAACGAGCCCAAUGCUCUGUAAUGUGGGCUCCUUUGGGGCCAGCUCUCUGUCCAGCCUGUACGAGACUAGUCCAGCUUUCAGGACCAGUUUUGCAAGCUACGCACCCCUGCCAGGUUCCUCUUUCUCGCCUUCCAAUGCAGCCAUCCCGUUCCCUGUGCCUCCGGUUGUGGUCAGUCCUCACCUCCCAGGCGGCAGCCCUUCCGGAGGCCAGCCCUCCUCCCCACGGUACCGCCCCUACACCGUCACCCACCCCUGGGGCUCCUCGGCUCCCCCUGCCCCUCGGUCUUCCAGCAUCGCCAUCCCAACUAGUUCAUCAAGCCCACCAGCCGGGGCUGACGGCCCUCAAGCGGCGCCUACCGGCUCUUCCAGACAGACCCCCACAACCGUGGGCCCACCGUCAUUUCCUGCUUCACCCAGUCCCUCGAGCAGGGGUCCCUCUUCCUUAAGGAACCCACCUAGUAUGUACGACAAUCCUUUCUCCUUCCUCUUCCUCGCACUUUCUGAUGUGUCCGGGGACAGUAGUGAUGAAGAAAAUGAAGAUGAUGAUGAUGAUGAUGAAGGUGGUGGUGUUGAUGAUGAUGAUUUUUCUUGUGUCCAGUUUGGGUCCAGUUUGGGAGCUUCUGGUGGGACAAGUACUUCUGAUUCCUGCAGUGACCAUUUCACCAUUGAAACUUGCAAGGAGACAGAUAUGCUGAACUACCUCAUCGAGUGUUUUGAUAGAGUUGGAAUAGAGGAGAGAAAAGCACCAAAGAUGUGCAGUCAGCCAGCAGUCAGCCAGUUACUGAGCAACAUCCGAUCACAGUGCAUAUCCCACGCGGCGUUGGUGCUUCAGGGUUCACUAACGCAACCAAGGUCCGGGCAGCAGCAGUCUCUCUUGGUACCAUAUAUGCUGUGUAGGAACCUCCCUUUCGGCUUCAUCCAAGAAUUGAUGAGAACAACCCACCAAGAUGAAGAAGUAUUCAAACAGAUCUUUAUCCCCAUCUUACAAGGCCUGGCUCAUGCUGCCAAAGAGUGCUCCCUUGAUAGUGACUACUUCAAAUACCCCCUUAUGGCGUUAGGUGAACUCUGUGAAAUCAAGUUUGGGAAAACUCACCCCAUGUGCAGUUUGGUUGUCUCUCUGCCUUUGUGGUUGCCUAAAUCCUUAAGCCCGGGCUCAGGGCGAGAAUUGCAGAAACUCUCUUAUCUUGGAGCUUUCUUUAGUCUUUCUGUCUUUGCUGAAGAUGACACCAAGGUCGUUGAAAAGUAUUUCUCAGGACCCGCCAUUACCCUGGAAAACACUCGUGUGGUUAGCCAGUCACUGCAGCAUUAUCUGGAGUCGGCAAGGCAAGAGCUUUUCAAGAUUCUCCACAGUAUUUUGCUGAACGGAGAGACACGCGAGGCAGCCCUCAGUUAUAUGGCGGCUAUCGUCAAUGGCAAUAUGAAGAAAGCGCAGAUGCAGACAGACGAUCGCUUGGUAUCCACAGAUGGGUUUAUGCUAAACUUCCUGUGGGUGUUGCAGCAGCUGAGCACAAAAAUCAAACUAGAGACAGUCGACCCCACCUAUAUAUUCCACCCAAGAUGUCGUAUUAUUCUUCCAACCGAUGAGACGAGAGUGAAAGCGACUAUGGAAGAUGUGACUAGUUGGGUGACUGAACUCUAUGGAGAUCAGUCUCCAUUUUCUGAGCCGAAAUUCCCUACCGAGUGUUUCUUCCUCACUCUGCACGCCCACCAUCUCUCUAUCCUCCCCAGCUGUCGCCGCUACAUCCGUAGACUCCGAGCCAUCCGGGAGCUCAACAGAACCGUGGAGGAUCUGAAAAACAAUGAGAGUCAGUGGAAAGAUUCCCCACUGGCAACUAGACAUCGAGAAAUGCUGAAGCGCUGUAAAACUCAACUUAAGAAAUUGGUGCGUUGCAAGGCCUGUGCUGAUGCUGGCUUGCUAGACGAGAACUUCCUCAGAAGGUGUCUGAAUUUUUACGGCAUGGUCAUCCAGCUGCUGCUCCGCAUCCUCGACCCUGCCUACCCCAAUAUAACGCUGCCUUUAAAUCCAGAUGUCCCGAAGGUGUUCGCAGCACUGCCUGAGUUUUAUGUAGAAGAUGUUGCUGAAUUUCUAUUUUUUAUUGUACAAUAUUCUCCUCAGGUGCUUUAUGAGCCCUGCACUCAGGACAUUGUGAUGUUCCUUGUUGUGAUGCUGUGCAACCAGAACUAUAUCCGAAAUCCAUACCUGGUGGCCAAGUUGGUGGAGGUCAUGUUCAUGACCAAUCCUGCCGUCCAGCCUCGAACACAGAAGUUCUUUGAAAUGAUUGAGAACCACCCGCUCUCCACUAAGUUGCUAGUUCCCUCUCUGAUGAAGUUUUAUACAGAUGUUGAGCACACCGGAGCCACCAGCGAGUUCUACGACAAAUUCACAAUCCGCUAUCACAUUAGCACUAUUUUCAAAAGCCUCUGGCAGAACAUAGCCCACCACGGCACCUUUAUGGAAGAAUUCAAUUCUGGGAAGCAAUUUGUUCGCUACAUCAAUAUGCUGAUAAACGACACCACGUUUUUGCUGGAUGAGAGUCUGGAAUCCCUGAAGCGGAUCCAUGAAGUCCAAGAAGAAAUGAAAAACAAGGAACAGUGGGACCUGUUGCCCCGGGACCAGCAGCAGGCUCGUCAGUCUCAGCUGGCUCAGGACGAACGGGUGUCUCGCUCGUAUCUCGCCUUGGCUACAGAAACCGUGGAUAUGUUUCAUAUCCUCACUAAGCAAGUCCAGAAGCCUUUCCUCAGACCCGAACUUGGACCACGAUUGGCUGCUAUGCUGAACUUUAACCUUCAGCAACUAUGUGGCCCCAAGUGCCGUGACCUAAAAGUUGAAAACCCUGAGAAAUAUGGGUUUGAACCAAAGAAGCUAUUGGACCAACUGACUGAUAUUUACCUGCAGCUAGAUUGUGCCCGUUUUGCUAAGGCAAUUGCUGAUGAUCAGAGAUCCUACAGCAAAGAACUGUUUGAGGAAGUCAUUUCCAAGAUGCGGAAGGCAGGAAUCAAGUCUACGAUAGCGAUCGAGAAGUUUAAAUUGCUGGCGGAAAAGGUGGAAGAAAUAGUAGCCAAGAAUGCCCGGGCAGAAAUUGAUUACAGUGAUGCUCCAGAUGAAUUCAGAGAUCCGCUGAUGGAUACCCUGAUGACUGACCCCGUGAGGCUGCCAUCUGGCACCAUCAUGGACCGCUCAAUCAUUCUGCGACACCUACUGAACUCCCCUACCGAUCCCUUCAAUCGGCAGACGUUGACGGAGAGCAUGCUCGAACCAGUGCCAGAAUUGAAGGAACAGAUCCAGGCCUGGAUGAGAGACAAACAAAACACUGACCACUAAGUCCUACCUAGCUGGAAAUGGCCAAGGCCAGUGUGGAAAACAAACAACGUCGGUCCCAGGUGAUGCUGAUCAAAUGUCGAAGGUGAAAAAAGCUGGCAAAAGUGUGCAGGGGAUCCACCCACAGUGACUUACGUUAGAGAUCUGGAAGGACAUGAAUGACAGGAAGAGCCUAAUUCUUGUACAUAUAUUUAAGUGAUAAGGAUGGUCAGUAGCUUGGGGGACAAAUUAGGAGGUUGCUCGGGUUACAUGUCUUUCAACAUGUCAUAAUUCGGGGUUUUUAUGGCUGAAUUCUUUUAGCAACGACGAAUGGAUCUGGGCAGCAUCCUUUCCAACUUUAUUCUUUACAACCAGGUAUCCGUUGAUUUGAUUGUGAUUCGAACUUUGGACAUUUUGCUGCUAAAGAAACUUUUUUCCCUUUUGCCUUCCCCGCUCCUGUCCCUCUCCCGUCGCCCCCACUUGCACUGCUGUUGUUUUUUUUUAAGUGAUGCAAAAAAAAAAAAAAGAAAAGAAAAUACAUAACUCCUGCCCCUCCAAACACAUAUAUUCUGUGAGAUAACUGUGCCUGCAACAAAGUGUUAAUCUUGGGAUCGUAUUUUUAUAUCAUAUUCACAUAUAUGUUGUUUUUUUUAAUUGGUGUUAGAUGACAUAAAAAAGCAAGAUAUUUUGAGAAUUUGGAUUUUAGUUUUGAUUUUUUUUUCCUUUUGAGACAUCCCUUUUUAAUUUUUUUUUUAAUCCUGUACUAAAUGAAUAGAAAUGUGGUUGCUCUGGUACUUUUAACAAGCCCCGUAAUCGGAAUCUGAGAAGCCGCUGCAACAUAAAAGGUGGAGAAUAUCAGGACUUUAAUAACUUGUGGGGUGUUUUUUUCUAAGUGUACAUUCUUUCCAAGCUGAUGAUCUACUGUGUGAAGUGACAGUUCUAAACCUUUCCAGUUUUGCCUCCAGGGGGAACAAUCCACUCCUCUCUUGAGUCCGUGCGUUUGGGGCAGGGGACAUUUUUCUGUUAAGUACUAGUUUGUAUCCAUGGCUUGGCCUUACCAAAGCAAAAGGGUGCAGGAAAUGUAGACGUACAUUUUUUUAAAAAAUAAAGAAAAAAAAAACAUUUUUGUAUAACUGCCCCGAGUAAGAUACUUGAAUUCUUGAAUUUCCUUUAGAAAAAAGGAUUUGAAACCACAAAGUGUUUUAAAGAAAUUAAGUCUGUAAUUUUUUUCCUUUUCCUUUUUUUUUUCCUGCUGACAGUGUCCUUUGUUCAAUUCCUGACUCUUGAACUACAAUAAAUGGUGAUACACAUUCACAAGGAA